UUUUUUUUACCACAAUCGGGUGAGGGGCGUCCAUUGCGAGUUGCGACUGCGUCGCCGAUUCCCCUGCCGGCAUGUCCAGUCCGCGCCCUCCCCUCGGCCGGAUCCUCCGCCUCGCCGUCGCCGUCGCGGCCUGCGCCUGCUUUCCUAGCCCCGUCUCCGGCAUCCGCAGUUGAAGGUUCCUUGUACAUAACGCCGAGUACUUGCACCACUGAGGAUUCACUUGGUCACGGGUUGGGACCUCAUGCUUGAUUCUAGUAUUGACGUGUGCUGUGAGGGCAGAAGGAAGGGCAUUGACUUUAUUCAACCAAUUGUGUGCAGAAGCACUGUUCAGGGGCGGCAUCUGAUCUCUGAUGAUAAUGGUUAUGUAUGUUCUGCACUUUCAAUCAAUCCAUGGUCUCACUGCUGCCCAACAACAGGGGACCGCUUUUCCUGCCAGGGCUGCGAACUUGAUUUACAGUGCUGCAAUUCAUAUGAAUAUUGUGUUUCUUGCUGUUUGAAUCCUUCUAAGAUCAAGAAAGAAGACGUGCUGAAGCUGAAGGUAGCUAAGCCAGUUACUGCUGGAACAUACACAAAUGUUUUCGAUUUCUGCAUGGGACGAUGCCGCCAUAGCUCUGCAAGUGUGGUUCAUGAAAAUGCCUAUGCCAGUGAUUUCCAUCACUGUUUUUCAGUGCAACAAAAUUCAUCAGGAUCAACUGAGUCUAGUUCUGUAUCAAAGUUGUUGGGCAUUAACGUUGUAGUAGGAAGGCCCAGGGAAUCUUGCAGCUUGGUGUGCAAAGUAAGAGGACAGUCCUGUGUUCCAAGCAGGCUCUCUGUGUUGAACAAAUGUGAGAUUUUGCAGAAAUAUAUGAGAUGCAAGAGUGGCUGCUUUCCCAGCCUUGGACCAGAUCAACCUGCUGAAGUUGUUGACGAAGCUCCAACCAGCUUGAAUCCAGGAGCAUGCUUAUACAUGCAGAUGGAUGAGCGGCUCACAUGUGAUGGUUCGCACCAUCAUACCCGGCGGCUCUGUCCAUGCGCCUGAGAAGGGGAAAUGAAUGUGACACUCAUAAGACAGCAGAGGGCUUGCUCACUCGACAGGAAACAAGUGGAGGCGAUAAGCUGAUAACCGAUGGUUCUCCAUCACACCCCCAUGACGAACAACCUCUCCACGCACCGGUUGCGGGUUUCCUCAACAAGAACGCCCUACUCUCCUCCUGUUUCUGGGAAGGAUUAUGGAUGCAAAAUGAAAUGGAGUGCCUGCAAAGAUCUGCUCCGGUUCUUGAGAAGCGUCGUGGAUGCAGAAGGAGAUGCAAUACCUUUCAAAUCCUUGCAUGGUAUCUGGUAGGAUUUUGCAUGCUGAAUGAAAAUGCACGCAGGCGAUUCCACGAGCCUUUCAUGCAUGUUUUGAGACACCUGAACCAAUUAUAUAUAUUCGUAAUAUAUUGCACAAGCUUCCAUGCAUGUUUUAAGACAAAAGUAACCCAAACAGAACUACGGAUACAUGAUCUUUUAAAUCAAUUACACCAUGCCAGCAUCUCUGCACCACAAACUCCCAUGCCCCUUUUUUUUUGGUUUCCUUCGCCAGCCUGAAUCAAAAAGAAUAAUCAGGCUUGAAAUCUCUCAUGGACCUGGGUCUCUCCCUCCCUUUGUUAUCAUCUUUGGUGUUUGCACUCUCUUCUGCAGCAGCAGCUCCGUCUCCCUGGUCCUCCUCCUGGAAGGCCGGGUGGGUGAGGAUGUUCGCCAGGAGCUGCGUGCCCCUGAGGGCGUUGGUGAGCGGCAGGUGUCCCUCGGGCGUGUCGUCCGUCAACUCCCACAAGAACUCGUCGGGGAAGGCCCUGUAGUUGUACUGCUCCACCUCCGUGUCCAGCUUCCUCAUCCAGCCGACCCGGAUGAAGAAGCGGGUGAAGUCGCGCCGCGACUUCUCCCAGAGCCGCCGCUGCACGCUGUACCCGAACCUGCCGCCGCUGUGCUCCUUCCAGAGCCCGUCGAUGGCGGCGAGGUCCUCGGCCGGGAUGAACUGGACCUCGGAGAAGAAGACGUACCCUCGGCGCCUCGCGGGCUCGCCGGCGAGGUCGAUGAUCAGCGCCCGCGUGGUCUCGUCCGCCUGCCGGUAGUCGCCCGCGGCGAGCUGGCGGCGGAGGAGGUCGAGAGAGGGGCCUUCUUCUUCUUCUUCGUCCCCUGCCGCUGGUGCAGAUGCCGGGGCAACUGGAGUCGGAGCUGACGAAUUGGUGGCUGAGGCUGCUGUCACCGAGGGGGAGGUUUUGGUGUAGAGCCUGAAGGAAAUGCUGCCGCUGGUGUUGGUGGAGAGCUUGUGCACGGCGGACGCGGAGCCGUCACGGCUGCCGCCGGCGCCGGCGAAAGAAUGGUCGUGCGGGAGAAGGAAGGAUUGCAGAGAAGCGUUUGCCAUGGGUGGCAGGAGGACGCAGCUGAGCUGAGAGCCUGAGACUGAGAAUGGAGGGGAGGGAGACGAUGAUAAAGGAGCGAGUGGAUGGGGUUUAGUGCUGCGAGAGCUGAGCUGGGUGGUGGUCGUCGUGUGGUGUGGAGAAUUGAGGCCGUCGUGUUGCCUUUGUGUGUGUGUGUGUUCUUGUGACAGUCCACCUUUGUGGGUGUCGUGUGCCAAGUCCUGGCCUCGAUGGCUGUGGGAGAUUUUGGGCGGUGGUUUUUUAGGGGGCCCAUUCUGGGCGAGAAUACGAAGGUGGGGCUGUGAUUGGUGGGUUCUGGGUGAGAUGAGGAUACUGGCUAUGGCAAACAAUCCAAACACCAACGGAGAUAGGGUCUGUUUCGUUUAGCUUCUUUUCUUGACGAUUUCUGAAAAUCUGACCGUUAGAAAAAACCUGAGUAUCAUAAGGAUUAUGUGCAAGGUAAGAUAAAGUGAUUUAUAGGGUUUAGGAUCUAAAAAGUGAUGUGUUUUCCCUAUCACGACGACUCGAUUGAUUCUGCGUUCA